AUGACAUCUUAUCUCAAGGCAUUGAGUAGAAAACUAUGGAGGGUCAUAAAUGAUGGAUAUGUCAUUCUUGAUGUGAAAAACUUGACACCUGUUGAUGAAGAGAAUGACUUACUCAAUGCUCAAGGUGUGAAUGUGUUGUUUAGUGCUCUUGAUGUUAGUGAGUUCAACCGGGUCAAAGGUCUUACCAAUGCAAAUGAAAUAUGGAAGAAGCUCAUGGAAAUUCAUGAGGGUACAUCAAGUGUGAAAGAGGCAAAAUUGUAUGUGCUCAAAGGAAAGUUUAGUGAAUUUGCCAUGAAGAAAGAAGAAAGUGUGCCCGAGAUGUUCAACCGGUUGAAAGACAUUGUGAAUGAUCUCAAGGGACUUGAAUUUGAUGUACCGGAUGAGUACUUCUCUCACAAGUUUCUUAGAUGUCUUCCUGAGAGAUAUGACACUAUUGUGACUUUGCUAGUAAGAUCAAAUUUGAAGACCACAACUCCCACACAAGUUUUGGGAGAAGUGCUCACUCAUGACAUGUUCAAGAAGUCGCAAGAUCAAGUGCAUGGUGUGACAAAUGAUGAGAAAAUGAAGAGUGUGGCUUUCAAGGCACAAUCCUACAAAGGAGAAAAUGAUGAAGAUUGUAAUGAGAAUGAGUCGGAUGAAGAGAUGGCUCUUUUUGUAAAGAGAUUCAACAAAUUCAUGAGCAAGAAGAGUUAUGGAAGGAAAGGUCAAUAUUCAAAGAAAAAUCCCUUCAUCAACAACAAGUGUUUUGAGUGUGGUGAAGAAGGUCACAUCAUUGUAAAUUGUCUAAACAAGAAAAAUGACAAGAGCAAGAAGGGCAAGAAAGAUGAUGACAAGAAAAAGAAGAGAUUCAUCAAGAGAAAGAAGAAUGGAAUCGCCAUCAAGGAAGCUCCUUCACUCUUCUCCACAUCACAUUACCUUAUGGCAAAAGGUGGUGAAAAGGUGAACUACAAGGCCAAAGGAAGGCAUUGGGUGCUUGAUAGUUGA